AGGAAGAGGAGGAGGAAGAAGAAGAAGAGGAAGAGGAAGAGGAAGAAGAAGUGAAACGCGAUACAAGAUCGUAAGGACAAUAGAAUGGGUAAUAAGUUAUCUUGCAGUUGUGCUCCUCUUAUCAAAAAAGCGUAUCGUUACGAAGAUUCUCCAUGGCAAGCUGGGGCUAAGGGCGUAAUGGGCGGCAGCGGAGGUCGCAGGGGUGACACUGGCCACUUGCUCAGGCUGUGGGCGGAAGUGUUCCAUGUGAGUGCGAGCGGUGCAGGAACCGUCAAGUGGCAGCAGGUCUCUGAAGAUUUAGUUCCUGUAAAUAUCACCUGCAUCCAAGAUUCGCCGGAAUGCAUUUUCCAUAUUACCGCGUACAACAGUCAGGUGGACAAAAUUUUAGACGUGCGAUUGGUUCAACCAGGAACACGUAUCGGCCAAGCAUCCGAGUGUUUUGUUUACUGGAAAGACACAAUGACUAACGAUACCUGGGGGUUGAAUUUCACUUCUCCGAUAGAUGCCAAACAAUUCAGAGAGUGUUGCUCACCGUCGUUCAAGAUUUCAAGGAAAGCGUCCUCUUCUUACUCGUUGAAGCUCGAACCACCAAACAAACAGAAGAUUAAAACACGGAGGAAGCCUCUAUCGACGCCAGCCUCACCGAGCAGAUCCAGGGAGCCUCAGUGUACUUGUAUGACCCCGGAACAAUUUGCCAGACUGCGAAAUCAAGAAGCUCGAUACCGAAGUUUCAUCGGUACUUCGACUCUUCCAAGAACUAUGGCGCGAUCCACAGAGAUGGAGAUGACCCCGGCUCGCGAGAAGAUCACCGCGGCAACGUCGAGCGCCUCUCUUUACGACAAUGUGAAUAAUGCAAAUGCGACACCAGGGAAAACGGGAAAGGUUAACGAAACGACGAAACAACAAAAAGACAAGCAAAACGAAACGUGUCAGACUACGGGAAAAACGGCAAAUGUUGGCAUCGAAACGGUCACCGUUGGAUCACAGAUCGAUAGUCCGGAGGAGAAAGGCGUGUCGUCGAUGUCGUCGAUCUCGCCGAAAAAGUCUCAGAAACAAAGCCAAGAUACGUCGACUCAACAAAAUGGUAGCGAAAUGUUGAAAUCAGAAGGUACCCAAGCCGGUGGUACGUUACAAAACAAGUCGUUACGGAAGGAGCAAUUACAUCAUACGAAAUCAGCCGAUUAUACAGAUCUGGAGAUGCAAAAUGGUAACAUUUUCAAUAUAGUGAACAAUAAUCAGAGUGCAAAGAAAUCGAAAAGCAAAAGCACGGACGACAUGAGGAUCGAGAACGCGCAAAACGGUGGAAUCAGUUUAGAUUCAAACACUUUAAAAAGAAUGCUGAAACCUAUGUCGAGCAUCGACAGUCCCGUUACAUCGCCCGAGAUGACCAGAAAGAGGCAUAGUCACCACAGUUAUCAUUAUCAUCCGAGCAAUAACAAUCAGAAGUACAUGAUGCAAGAGACUGAUAACGAAAACUACGCGCAUCCGUAUCGAGCUCCGCCGUAUACCAACAAAUUCCAGGUUUCUAGGAGCGUGCACGACAUGGGACGUCAAAAUGCUGGCGGCAGGGGCAGGACCUAUUUAGAUUCGGAACGUAAUCGGUGCACGGGUGACAUGUCGCCGCCGUCGGAUAAUGUGAUUUUCGAUAAUCAGUGUUACGCCACUACGCCAAGUUCGUCGAAUGGUAAUUCGGACAUGGAACAACCGACUCACUGCAAUUCGCGUCGUUGUAACGCUGGCCAGACAUAUCAACAACAAGGCAUGCAAUCGGUUUCAACGCCUGGCAGUCCUACCAGUAGACUUCUUCUUGAAUACGAGAUGCAUCUAAGAAACACGUUGGCUCAGGGUAUGGACGCCGAGAGUUACAGUUUGCGUACCUUUGAAGCAUUACUCACGCAAAGUAUGGAAAAUCUGGAAUUCGCAGAGAAUAUACCGUUAAACGUUCAACGCACACCUCAUGUUUCGCGAAGGCGCUCUGUUUCCAAUAAAUCGUCCACUUUACCGUUGUCCUAUCGCUAUUGCAACGAAAGGCAAAACAGUAAAGACAGUAGAGAUGGUUAUUACAGCGAUCGGAACGAAAUAAUACGAGAAAGAAGGGAGAGAGAUAGAGACAGGGACAGGGACAGGGAUAGGGAUAGGGAUAGAGACAGAGACAGAGACAGAGACAGAGACCGGGACAGAGAUAGAGACAGAGAAAGAGAAAGAGACAUCGAUCGAGAUCGUGGAUAUCUCAGUGAUUAUAAUUCCAGAUGCGCAAGCUGUAUCGGAGAAUCGGCACGCGCCCAGUGGUUUCGACAUUCCGAUGGAUGGCAGUCGGGUAGUUCGACUCUCGGUUCUGGUGCUUCCAGUUCAAUGAAUCCCAGUUACUCUGGACAUAAACGUGAAUCUCCGUGGGAUUCUUUGCCAUCGUUGAGACACGAAGGCAGCCUAAACGAUAGCGGAUACAAAUCCAACCGAACCGAUUCUCUGGAACAAAGGGGCACUUUCGAUAGACAAGACAGCGUGAGAUCGGAUUACAUGUCCGAUAGAGAUGGUGGUAGAUACGGAAUCGUUCAACAAGCUUCUCUGGAGAGUACAGACUCGAGACUAUGCUACUUGACGUCUUCGGAGAUGUCGGACGACGACAGAAUGUCGCUAACUACCGCUGUCAGUGACGAUGACGACGGUGAGAGUGUGAUAAACUCACCCUACCGGGGAAAGCAGACUGGCACGGCUGCAGCUUCGUUUAAUUGCACAGGGGCAGUUCGAAAGGCUGGAUUUCUGAGCGUGAAGAAAUGGCUACUGAGGAAGAAGCAGCAGAUCGAAUUAGCCAGGAAAAGAGGCUGGAAAGGUUAUUGGGUUUGUUUAAAGGGGACUACGCUUCUCUUCUAUCCGUGCGACUCGCAAGAAAGCAGAGCCAUGGAAGCGGCGCCAAAGCAUUUGAUUAUAGUGGACGGCGCGAUAAUGCAACCGAUCCCGGAACAUCCGAAAAGAGAUUACAUAUUUUGCUUGAGUACAGCGUUCGGCGAUGCAUACUUGUUUCAAGCACCGUGUCAGGUGGAACUGGAAAAUUGGGUGAAUAGCAUACACUCGGCGUGCGCUGCUGCGUUCGCGCGUCACCGUGGUAAAACUGGAACUCUUCAUUUGCUGCAAGAAGAGAUAUUUCGGCUGGAAAAGGCAAUCGAAUCGGAUCACAAGCUAAAGCACAUGGCGGAUCUUCAGCAGUCCGUUGUGUCCGAUGUGGAGACGAAGCAACAAAUUACCAAUCAGAUUGUGAAAUGGGAAGAAAAUUUAGAGCGAUUACACUGCGAGCAAUUUCGACUGAGAUGCUACAUGGCUAGUCUUCAAAGCGGCGAAUUACCUAAUCCGAAAAGUUUAUUAACGCACGUAUCUCGUGCCACCAAGCAAACGCUGAACAAACUAGGAGUCUUUACGGUUUCCUCCUUCCACGCUUUCAUAUGCGCUCGCAGUCCCUCGUUACUGAAUAAUUUACUGGCCGGACGUGGAGCUACCAAAAGAAGACCCCCGUUGCUAUCGAGAUCGAAUAGUGGAUCCAGCAGAAGAUCCCUUCAAAUUUCCUCCAGAGACGAUGAGAAGACUGUAAAAGUAUGCGUACCGGAAAAUCAGUUGGUCUCUGUAUUUUUGCGGGACGCUAUGACGGUUGAGGAAUUCCUUGCAAGCGCUUGCAAUCGAAAAAAUCUCAACCCGAUGGAACAUUUUGUUCGCGUGAAAAAACGACGAGACAUGGAAGAUCACAACUAUUUCGUACCUCAUAGAACCGACUUGAUUGACACCUACUUGCAUACGCACGAAAUCGUUGAAGUUUGCGCAAAAAUCUUGUACCAAGUAGAAUUACAAAGGAACACCCUCGAGCAAAUGUGGGGCUUUUCCGUUGAAGCAGAACUUAUCGAAAAUUCUGAUCGGCAAGAUGAAUUAUGUUGUUACGUUAGCAGAGUCGAAGAUAAAAGUGUCGCGAUGCAAAACGGAAUUAUUAAAGGCGAUGAAAUCAUGGUGAUCAACGGUGCUAUAGUGAGCGAUUUAGACAUGAUGUAUUUGGAAAGCGUGCUGCAAGAAGAGUUUGGUCUUUGCAUGAUGAUGCGAUCGUCUCGAACCGAACCACCGGAUCUCACCGGCAUAAUGAGGGUUACCGAUGACAUAAUCGAAAGCUUGGUUUGUCCACCUCCACCUUCCGAUCCACCCGUUAUAAGCGAGGAAAUGAUUUCCGGUUUAAUCGUUCCGGCUCCUGGAUGGAGUAAGGAAAGCAUCGUGCAAGAGUGUACGUCGACGGCUCAUUUGGAAAAUGGUAAACAAACGUCUCGCACAAAUUCGUUUGAAAUUGAAAAUUUAUUGAAAACCGCGGAACAAGUGACAGGGAUCUGUCGAUCGCCCGGUGAGACUAGAAAAUCUAGUCCUACGGGAAGCGUUGUUAGUUCCCAUUCCCAAGCGUUAACGCCAAGUCGCCAAUUAAGCGAUGCUGAAAAACUGAAGAAAGUGAUUUUAGAAUUGGUCGAGACCGAACGCACUUACGUAAAGAAUUUAAACAACUUACUGGAGAAUUAUCUAGAGCCGCUUAAACGAGAAACUUUUCUAUCGAACGCUGAGAUAAACGCACUAUUUGGAAAUAUUCAAGAGAUCAUUACGUUUCAACGACAAUUUCUGCAAAAUCUCGAUCACGCGAUCGAAAUGGAAGCUGAUUUUCAUAACUUUGACCAUCCGAGUCAAUUUAAGGGUGUCCUGUUUUCCAUUGGAAGUGCCUUUUUGUACUACGUAAAUCACUUCAAGUUGUACAGCUCGUUUUGCGCGAGUCACUCUAAAGCGCAAAAAGUUUUACAUCCAAACGAAGGAAAUCAAGCUUUACAAGAGUUCCUGCAAGCUAGAAAUCCAAGGCAACAACACUCGUCGACGUUGGAGUCGUACUUGAUAAAACCUAUUCAAAGGAUAGUCAAGUAUCCUUUGCUUUUGCAACAGCUACGAAAUCUGACCGACGAGCGAAGCGAGGAACAUCAACACUUGAUCGAGGCUUUCAAGGGUAUGGAAAAAGUGGCAGAACACAUAAACGAGAUGCAAAGAAUUCACGAGGAAUACGGAGCUAUUUUCGAUCACUUAUUCAGACAACAUCAAAAAUCUUGUAAACAGCCGAUCGAUUUAAGUCCAGGAGAUUUGUUAUAUUACGGAGGCGUCGACUGGCUGAAUAUUUCCGAUUUUCUCGGUAAAAUCAAGAAAGGCUUGGAAUUGCACGCAAUGUGUUUUGUUUUCAAAUCGGCGGUAGUGUUUCUGUGCAAGGAGAGACUAAGGCAAAAGAAGAAGCUUAUGGGAGUUUCGACCAAAGCAAAUUCCAGCGAAGUCGAAAUAAUUCGCUACCAAGUGCUGAUUCCCGUGACAGAAGUACAAGUUAGAGCUAGUUCAGCCAAAGAUAUGGAAUCACAUUUUUUGUGGGAGUUGAUUCAUUUACGAAGUCAAUUACAAAGGAGAUCAGAGAAAGUGUACGUGCUUUCCAACAGCACUACAGAAUUUCGAAACGCAUUUUUGAGAACGAUUCGUCAAAUUAUUCGAGAAUCGGUACGAAACAUGAGCAUACCAUCGACCAGACAAAAUUUAAGCCAACCACCAAUGACUAUUUCACCGCGAAUGUCAACCGGCCACGUGGAGAAAUUUGAAAUACAGACAACGAGUCAAGGACAGAAUAAUGGUGGUGGGAACGGUGCUGGCACGGGUACCGGAAGUUUAUCGAAGAAAACGGUAAAACCGCAAUUACUAGCGACUUCGCAUAACGUGAAACGAAAAUAUAGUCAAUCGAAACAGACGAUGGAGCCGGAAAGUUCCGAAGAUAAGGAUGUGGAGGAAUCGAACACGGUGAAUCAGCAGCAAACCGUGUUUCGUUCCAGGAGCAAAACCAUAAGCGACACAUCCGGAGAAGUAAAAGUUGAAAUGGAUUCAGGAACAAAGUCCGAAGGCGAAGAAGACUCGCAAGCUUUUUUAGGUGAGAAGAAGGCGAACUUGGGUCGCACUCCGAAUCAUUUGACUUUGAGCACCACUUCAACAAUUUCAGCAGGAAGUACCGGUAGUCAAGCCAGAUUGAUCCAAUCUUCCCAUCAACCGGAAAAUUAUCAACCAAUUACCGUGAAAGAACUUGGUUCGCCAAUUUGGAAACCACGGGAACUACCUUCCUUAGGAGAGUCAACAACAUUGCCGCGUAAGGGUAAGUCGGCCAGCGAGUUUGGAGACAUAACGUCGUCCCAUAGCGCCUCCCGAAAGUCUCUGAUAGAAAUCAAUAAUUGUGCUCAACAAUCUAACUGUAAUAACCAUGUUUAAGUUAAAUAGAUGUUAAUCGAGUUAAGUUUAAAAAUGGUGAAAUAAACCAAGCAACUAUUCGAUUACCGUGUAAAAGACCAGCGCGCUUGCCGCCCACGCGGAACGUUUUAACGCUGUGUUUCCAUCCUUGUACUACUCUCGUUCUCACUCGUUUCGUCUUCCAAAAGCUACGAUAACAAACGUGGCACCCAUUAUCAUCCUCAUCAUUCUCAUCAUUCUCAUCAUUCUCAUCAUCAUUCUCAUCAUCAUUGAUCAACAUGAUCGUCGUCGUCGUCAUCAUCAUCAUCAUCAUCAUCAUCAUCAUCAUCAUCAUUACUACAAUUAUCAUCCCUGCUUUGUAUGUACAACGGGCGAUUCAAUUGUUUAACAGGAGAGAAAUUCGAAGAAGAAAAAGAACUUUGCUUUUAAUGGGAAACAGUUUCGACGAAGAGAAAGAGAGAGAACGUUUCUAUCAUUGCUACUGAAUGAUAUUGAACAAAGGAGAGAAUCGAAAGAAUGAUAUUUUCCUUGUGUCUGAAAAUACAUAUAUAGGUACUGUACGAAACGAAUAGACAGGCAGCGCGGCGGUACAACGUGGCUGUAGCACCGUAAUAUUAACGAUCGCCAAGUCGGGGUCUGCUCGUUCAACUAUUGUAGUAACUAUCUAUAACAAGAAAUAACGAUUCGUUUGUAACUGUAAGAGUAUGGAACAUCGAUGAAACAUUUCCGACGCGACGGACCGUCAUUCUACUUUUUAUGCCUACCAGUUACUCUUAUUAUUAUUAUUAUUAUUAUUAUUAUUAUUAUUAUUAUGAUUAUUAUGAUUAUUAUUAUUAUUAUUAUUAUUACCAUCAGUAUUGUUGUUGUUGUUGUUGAUGUUGUUACUGUUGUUGUUGUUAUUGUUAUUCCUAAUAUCUACUAUUACGUAAUAUUCGUACUAGAUUCAUUCGAAUUGUAUGGAAUCACGUUGCUUAAAAAUUCAUCAAAAAGUUAACUCUUUUCCUUCUUUUUUUUUUUUUUUUCUCUCAAUUUUUCUAAUUCAACGUUACUUUUUCUUGGCCUUUUCUUCUUUUUUCUGCGUGGACGGCAAUGCGAUGAUAAAACCUAAUAAACUCUGUACAUAAUGUAACAUUGAUAUUAUCAGUAAUGUCAUUAUUGUCGCCGUCGUCGUUAUUACCAUCAUCGUCACGAUCGUUCAAUAUCAUCGGCAGUCUUCUACCGUCAGUAUUCACAGUCCCUGAUAUAUCUAUUAUAUCAUUGCUCUGAUUGUCAAACUAUUGUUAUUUCCUAUUAUUUUCAUUAUCGUCUUUAUUGUUACCAUCGUGGUUAAUUAUUCCCGUGAUUGUCCGCUGGUGUUGUUAUUAUCGUUAUUAUCGUUAUUACUAUCGUCAUCAUUCUUGUCAUCUUCUUUCUGACAUCUUUGUCAUUUACGUAAUUGUUAUUACCAAGACCAUCUCGUUGUCGUUAUACUCCAUCUCGUUAUAUUCCAAUUAAAAUAUCGUUAUUAUUAUCAGCGAGAAAUCAACAGAAGGCAUACAUAUAACGUGUCGAAAAAUGGAACGACGACGCGACGUUACGAUUAAACUUAGCGAUAAUAUAAGAGUCUAAUUAAAUAAUUAAAUAAUUAAAUAAUUAAAUAAUUAAAUAAUUAAAUAAUUAUAUAAUUAAAUAAGAUAGUUUAUUUAAAAAAAAAAAAAAAAAAAAAGUUAUAUGCGUGCGUACAUGCAUGAAUAGUUACGAUGUUGACGAAUCGUUCUAUACCAUAAUAUGUAGACGCGUGGAUGUGUGCGUAUCUCUGUAUACGUGGUAACAGAGAGUAAUAGAGAUGCAUAGAUACGAUCUUCCACAUGUUCGCUGCGUUAAUCGCCUUUCGGACCCGAAUAUUCUCGUCGUUAUAGGAAAUUUUAUUUUUAACGUUGUUCAAAAUGCAACUAGUGAUCAGAAUGUUCGAGCCCUAAAGCGCGGCGGAAUCGAUUGUAUCCAUCGUACAUGUAGCGACAACGAUGAUGACAAUGACAAUGACAAUGACGAUGACGAUAAUGAUAACGAUGAGAAGCGAAAAAAGUAAGAGGAGAAGGCGGAGGACGAAGCGAAGAAAAAUGAAGAGGAAAGAAGAAAAUGCAACCGUUUCGUAUCGUGACGUUAGAGAAAAUGGGAGCGGUGAGACGAGUGUUCGUGUGGAAUAUCGUUUUGAUUGCGAGUAUCUAAUACAGCGGGAAUUAAGCGGGAUAUCUUCUCGAUUCGAAUAUCGCAUUGUUAACGAUCACUAAUAUAAGUAAAUACAAUAUUGACCGAUCAAUACCUGUAAAUUAGAAAACAGAAAGUAUAUCUAUAUCGAUGAUACCUAUAUCUAUGUAUACAUAUAUGUGUAUAUAUUCGUCUAUUUAUACAUAUGUAUAGACGAAUAUCUGCAGCAAGUAACGAAAUAACGUGUACCAUGUAUGUAUAUGCGCGCGUGCGUGCUUCUUUCUUUCUUUUUUUCUUUUUUACCGUUAUAGAUAUUUCCCUACAGCCCCUUACAAUUCUAUUACCUGCAAUACACAUAGAUGAAUCAAUCAAGUACUUAGUUAAGUAAGUACGGCCACGAUAAUUCGUUAGGGAAGAAGAAGAAGAAGAAGAAGAAGAAGAUUUGACGAGUCGUGAUGAGAGAAUUAAUCAAUUUCUUUCGAUUAGUUAACGACAUUGGUGUAUCAUCGAUACACCUUGAUCGACGGAAAUGGUGAAUAGGUGAAAUAGCUAAUCACCCGAAAGAAAGAAAGUUUACCUAUCCCUAUACCUAUUUAUCAAAAUCAUGAUCAAUCAGUUGUGCGCAAAGUUGCUCAGUUUUCUUACCACGUUUCCUGGAUAUUUGUACACGCGUGCGACUUAUACAAGUAGGCAAAUAUACACGUAUGUCAAAGAUGAUAUUCGCGCCUCGUUCGAAAUAAGUAGAGGAAAAGUUAGAAAUGUACGAGUUGAACGAUUUUCAUGAUAUCGAUACAUAUUAUACUUGUGCCCAGAUUGGAUAAUUUUGAAAAACCUAUCUAUCACCCGUAUAUUUAUUAGUUGAAAUACGUUUUAUCGUUCCAAUCUUGGAAAUAUCCGACAAUAUCGCAAUUGCUCUGUGCAGAAUUUUAUCAAGGAUUUUUUAUUGUUACAACAAGUUAAAUGGACGGAGGGGAGGGGAGGGGAGGGGAGGGGAGGGGAAAGGAAAAGAUUUAGAAGAAUUUCGAGACGAAAGAAACACGUUGAGGGUAAAAGUAAGAAAUCGGUGAUUACAAUAAAAUAGGGAAAUGAUAAAACGGAUACGUGUCGAUACGUUGAAUCGUGAAAUUUAAUCGACCUAUAUGUAUAUGUACAUGUAGAUAGACGCAGACGCGCGCAUAUACGGCAAAUAUGUAUGUAGUAAAAUAUCGAUUAACGUAUAAAAGCGAAAAAAGAAAUAACGAGGUAUACCCACUUACUGGUUACUAUAGAUGUCGCACGUGAGGAUUUAACAACUUACGAAGGACCUUUUGUUGCUCGAAUUAUUGCAUUGUCUACUACGUAUCCAUAUACACGUACACAUACAAGUAAGAUACGCGCAUCAACAUACUUAUUAACAUAGCGCUAGAAACAUAAAUAUGUGUAUGAAUGCGCGCGCUCGUGUGUAGAAAAGUUUUAUCGUAUAAAUUUUGUCGAGGCAUGCGUUCUCCGAGCAACAGUCGAUUAUAAUCAUUAUAAUAUCUUAUCAUUUCUUUGCAGUAGCAAGCUUCUCCUUUUUCGACGGUUGCGAAAUCGUUUCCUACGAAUUUCUUACAAUUUCUUCCUUUUCCCUACCUCUUUUAAUAUUCAUUUCAUUAAUCCAAAUGUACUGACAAUCAAGGAAAAAUUAACACUGAUAUCUUUCCUCUUUUAAUUAACUAACAGAGAGGGUAUAUUAUAUGUAUGUUGUUGGAAAAGUUUGAAAAGUUUGAAAAGGAAGGGACGACGACUCUAGCUCGGAGACGUAUCCCAAUAGUUGGCCUAGUGACGAGUUUCAUAUUUUUCGCCCCGGUCGCAGUGAAUCGUCGAAUGUUUAUCUCAUGUCUAUUAUAUUAUAAUUAUUGACACUCUCCAGAAAUUUUAUUGAUAUAAACUUUAUCGCUACCGUUGAACAUAAUAUACUUAAAUUAUGACAGUGACAACUUCGGUAACAAUUUACGGGCACUGAAUAUACCGAAAAAGGGAUGAAUCGAAGGAAAAAAAGUAAAAAAAAAAACGAAAAAAAUGAAUGGGAGAGUAAAAGAGACAGAGAGAAUGCGUGCGCGCGCGAGAAUGAAAGAAUGAGACGAAAGAAAAGGAAAGAAAAGGAAAGGAAAGGAAAGGAAAGAAAAGAAAAGAAAUUGAAAAAAUAAACCCUUUGCGUGUCCGUGAACACCGUGGAAAAAUUUUAGAUGGUUGAUAGAAUUCUAUGAUAUAAGCGGGAAUAGUAUAUAAAUUCGAAGAAAGAUGGGACAGAGUCUGCGAGGGUGGUGGGUUACGUUAAAACGAAACAAAGUUAUAAAAUAAAAUAACGAUGUAGUAUGUAACGAGUAUUUCCGUGUUAUUUUUUCCUUUCGUUGACAUCGCGUGUAACAGAUUGCGCGCUACAACUGUUGUCCGCAACCUAACCAACGUGCUCUCCUUUAUUUCUUUCGUCCAUUCUUUAAUUAAUAAUAAUAAUUACUUGUGUCAAACGCAUUGCGAUGAAAUUUCUGCUUUUAGUGUUAUUGUUCUUCGGUUUUGCGGAAAUGUUUAAGAGUAAUCGGUUUGUACAAUCAUUAAAAUGAUUCAUUAAAAUAUGAUUAUCUAAUA